GUGAGUGGGGAACAGGCGGGAGGAAGAGACGCAGCCCAGCUAAACUCUUUCUAAAUGUGCUUUAAAGGUCAAAAAUAGCCCUUGUCACGCAGACAUUUGCUUCUUAGACGUCUGUUGUGGCUGCCGAGACCGGACGAAGCGCUGCCUCCGCUCGGUUUAUUUGACAAAACAGCGAAAACUAGGCGGCGGACAAAGAUGAGCCUGGUCGUUUCUCAGCAACUGGCUGAGGGUCUACCAGCUGUGGCCCAAACAGUAACAGAGAGCGAUUCAGACAGCGGGAUGGGCUCUCCAGCUGAGGAGAUGGUCACAGAGAUGGUCAACAAAAGAGAAGUGCCUCCAGAUUCUGACGAUGAUGAAGACAUCACAGUCCACAGAAAGCCUCACCGUAACGCCAUUAGAGACAGUGACAGUGAGGAAGAGGAUGCAGCUGCGGACAGCAGUGUACACAUGGCUGAAGCGCUGGUCUUAUCUGCUUCAAGUGGAGAGGAGAUGGAGACCGGAGAGGCUGAAAAGAAUGAUGAGAGGAAAGAGAAAGGGCCGCAGAAGAACAAGAGAAUAAGCCGUGCUCCCAUUGACAGUGAAGACAGUGAGCCAGAGCAAGACAGACGUGGAGAAGCUGAGGAGCAACAGGAGGAGGAGAGGAAGGAAGGGAAAUCGACAAAGGAACGGAAGAAGAGAGAGAAGAGCCAGAGGCACCGGGAAAAAAAGGAGAAGCGUAGCAAAGUGGUGGAAAAAACCAAGAAGGAGAGGUUCUCUGAAGUGGCAGAGAACUCACCGCCUCUCCCUCGGGCUCUGAAUGACAGUGGAUGUCAGCUGGGCGACACAGACUUGUUUGACACCGGACUGGACGAUGAUGAGGAGGAGGAGUCUCUGGAGGCCAUCAGAGCUGCAAUCAAGCAAAAAAUGAAUAAACACAAGGAUCCUCUCCUGGAUGAGGAGGAAGAGGAUGAAGAUGCACCAGAGAAACCCCAGCGUGUGGAGAGGAAAGCUGCACGCGCCAGCAAAGAGGCAAUGAAGCAGCUCCACAGUGAGUCUCAGCGGCUGGUCAGAGAGUCUUCACUCGGCCUGCCCUACCACAUCCCCGAGCCGAAGACCAUCGACCAGUUCUUUAAGAAGAGAGCCCGGCCCGAGGGUCCCGCCAUGGCAUUGUUAAAAUCUACAAAGUACUCUGUGAUGAUGUUGGAGACGCCGUCAGCUCCUCCUCCACCUCCCACCAACCCACCCACUGAGCCUCUGCAGCCAACCUCCGAGCAGGACUCUUCUCCCUCUCUGGAUCUGUCCUCUCAGAUCCAGCCCGUUCCUCAUCCUGCUGCCACCUCGUCCCCACAAAGGGAGAGUGCCAGCCAAGCCACAGAGGCAACUGAGAGCCUCGAUCCAGACCAGGAAUCUGGGCCGAUGCUCUUCCUCUCUGAGAGUCUGCAGGAGACGGUCACUACAGAUGAAGUGGUGAGACCUGCUUCUGCAGAAGGAACAUCUCCUGCACUGUUGGAACAAAGCCAGUCCGCGGUAAUGUCUGAAUCUGAGGCCCUGCAAAAAGAGCCUCUUUCCGGGGCUUUGGUGAAGCCGUUAGACGGGCAGUGUGGGAGCGUUGAUGUAGCACCACAACCCACCAAACCCAAGAAGGACAAAUUGGCCAGACUGAAGGAGCUUGGACUGGACCCACCGCCUGUCGCUAAAUUGUGUCCAGAUGACGGAGCCUUUGUUCAGCUUGAGCCUCCACAGCCAAACAGUGGCGUCGAGGCACUGAAGCAGCGCUACCUUCGUCACGUCAAGAAAGCCGUACGCCCUCAAGGAGAGCGAACAAUGCAGCUUAACAUCGUCCGCAAAGACAGCACCCCGUCUGGCCAGGAGGAGUUGCACAUGGAGUCAGUCACUGUCACUGUUAAAGAGGGUAAAGAAGAGCCGGUUGCAACCAAACCAGGAGAGAAGCUGCUGACUCUAAAGCAGCGCCUACAGCUCGCCAUGGCCCAAAAGAGACAGGAGGAGAGGGCACGCAGGGCUGAGCUGAAUCGCCUCGACAACGAAGAAUGUGGGGACGAGGAAGAGGAGGAGGAAGAGAUGACUGACGAGUCUGACGAAGAGAAUGUCGAUGACUUGCUGGGAGGUGAUGAUGGUGAGGAAGAAGAGAAGGAAGAUGAGGAAGGCAGUGUGGCCCCGAGUGUCAGGAGUCCUUCUCCUGUGUUGCUGAACGGGCCCUCUGACCUGAACGCAGAUGGCUCACUCAUGCUGUUCCCCGGCAACUCUUGCUCUCGCACUGGUGAUGGUGUAAGAAGGUCUGGUCCCUCUGGACAAGACAGCAGCAGCAAUAAGAUGGAAGAAGACGACUCUCUGUCCCUGGUGAAGGACAACAGCCACAACAGCAGCUUUGAGCUCGCCGGAUCUAUGAUCACCUCCUACCAGCCUGUCAGUCAUCAGCGCUCCGCAGGAAGAAAUAUCUCGUCCAUGUUCCGCUCCCCUUCUCCCUGCUUCUUCAGGCCCAGCUUCCUCGGCUCUGCCUCCAAGAGUUCAGGCAAACUGUCCGAGCCCUCUCUCUGCCUCCCUGUUGAGGACUCCCAGGACUUGUAUGCGCCUCCAUCUCCAGGAGCCGAUUCGGGGCCCCUGGGUGGAGCAGCUUCUGGCCCCGGUCUCGGAGGAGACUCACAAGGCCGUUUCUCCCUGGAGGACGACACCCACUCCCAGUUACUGGAUGCGGACGGCUUCCUUAAUGUGGGCCCUCGGCCCGGUGCUCCUCAGUCCCACAAGAGGCAGUUGAUCCUGGACAGCCUGGAUGAGAAUGCGAUGGAUGCCAACAUGGGGGAGCUGUUGGGGCUGUGCUCGGGGGUUUUUGCGGCGGCGGAGAGCGGCUCGAGCCGGGCAGAAGGCCUCGGAGAAACGCAGGAUGAGCUGCUCGGCUUGUGCUCCGGAGCGUUUCCACAGACACAAGCAGGAGAGGAGCAGGUGGGGGAGAAGAGUAAAGAGAGAGGACAGGAGGAAGGGUCUGAUAACACCAUGGAUCAGCUUCUGGGGCUGUGCUCGGGGAAGUUUCCUAGUCCAGGUUCUGCUCGUACGGCUUCACCAGCACAAGACAGUAAAAAGAAACUAGAGGAGAAAGAGCAGCAUGAGGAGGAGGAGGAGGAAGAAGAGGAUUGUGAGUUCCGGCUUCUGUCAGACGUGGAAAGUCACAGUGAACAGGAGGACAAUGAUGACAAAGAGGAUGGCAAGGAAGACGAUGAAGAGGAGGAUGGAGAGGAGGAGGAGGCAGAUGCUGGUGAGGACGAUGAUGACGUAGAAGAAGAGGAGAUGCAGGGUGUCUUUGCACCGCACCGGGUUAAGAAAAAGAAGAAAAUGCGUUUGACCGACUAUCUGGAGUCCGAGGCGGAGCUGUCCGGCAGCGACAUGGGCAGCGAUGAUGAGGACGGCGACAGAGGGAGCGAAUACGAGGAGGAGGAGCUUCUCGAGGAGCUCCCCUCGGACGAGGAGCUGCAGGAUCAAGUCAACAAGAUCCACAUGAAGCAGAUAAUGGAUGAUGACAAGCGUCGUCUGAGGCUCUACCAGGAGCGUUACCUUGCCGACGGAGACCUUCACUCUGACGGCCCGGGACGAGCUCGCCGCUUCCGUUGGAAAAAUAUUGACGAUGCUUUCAACAUGGACCGAACAGGAGCGGAGGGCGAGGAGGAAGAGGAGGAGGAAGAUGAUCUAGUGGACCCGUCUGAGGUCCAGAGGAGGAAAGCGAGAAUGGAGAGAGAGCAGUGGCUGAGAGAACAAUCUGAACAGAAAGCCAAGAAAGGGGAAGAUUUGGAUGCAGAUGAUGAGAAGAUUGGAGAGGAAGACAGUCAAUUCAUGAAGCUCGCCAAGAAGCUGACUGCCAAGACUCUGCAGAGAAAAGCAGAGCUCCCUGUGGCACCACAACCCGAAAAGAAGCCGUCGUCGGCUCUCAACCCCUUCCAGAGAGCUUCGCAGCCCCUACAGGUGAGGAGAGGGUCGCUCCUGAGUCAGCCUCACUCCGUCCUCCAGAAGUUGGCUUCGAUCUCAGAGGGGAAUCCUCUGGCACCCAGAAAUAGCAGAGGAUUCCUGUUUCAAACUCUGUCUCCUGAGAAGGACAAGUCGUCCUCAGACGCUCCUCAGAAACAGAUGAUGAAGAAGAGGGGGCCGGUGGGGGCGGUGAACCCGGCAGCAAAGAGGGUCUGCAGGGAGAACAGACCUGCAGCACAGACUAAAGGCCCCCAGAAGAGCAUCUUCAACUUCCUGGAUCACUGAUAAUCACAGUACACUAACUGAUAAUCAUCAGCCAGCUGGGAAACAAACUGACAAAGGCCAGAAUCACCAUCCACGUCCAUUAUUUCAGACAUGAAGGAGGAGGUAUAACGAUGAUGGCUGGUUUACGUCCUCUGUGCCGCCUCUGAAACACAAAUACAAUAUAUUGUCUGUGCGUUUGCAUGUUUACAUUGCCUUUUAAAAUGGCAAACUAAAGCACACCACUGAGGAUCUCUUGAUGUUUUACUCUUUCUGUCACACACUGGCUGCUCACAUGUCCAGCUUGUGUGUCUAGAUUUUAAACGCCAUCUAGAGCAUUCAUGCCACACCGUACUUGACUUAAUUUGGAUUUUCUGAUUAAAGUCCAUUUGAAAAUGUUUUAUCAUGUAAAUAGGAUUGAUUUGAUUUUUUUAUGGUUAGGGCCGUUUUUGUAUGAUUUAAAUGUUUUACAUUGUAAAUAAAAGUGUAUUUUAAGACAU